AGGUGACACCCGGGCUGCCCCCGGCCCGGCCCCGGCCCCGGCCCCGGCCCGCGCCUUCGUCUCGGCCCGGAGCCGGCGGCGCGCGAGCGGCGGCGAUGAACCCGGUGAACGCCACUGCUCUCUACGUUUCCGCGAGCCGCCUGGUGCUCAACUACGACCCCGGGGACCCGCAGUCCUUCUCCGAGAUUAACAAGCUCCUGCCCUACUUCAGGCAGUCCCUCUCCUGCUGCGUUUGCGGAAAUUUGCUACAAGACCCUAUUGCUCCCACAAACUCCACAUGUCAGCAUUAUGUCUGCAAACCUUGUAAAGGCAAGAAGAUGAUGAUGAAACCGUCAUGUAGCUGGUGCAAGGACUAUGAACAGUUUGAGGAGAAUAAGCAGCUAAGCAUUUUAGUAAACUGCUAUAAGAAACUUUGCGAAUACAUAACGCAAACUCCACUGGCACGAGAUAUUAUCCAAGCAGUUGAUUGUUCUGCAGAUCUUUUGGCUUUGCUCAAAGAUGGAUCACCACUCCACGAAGAGACGGAAAAAUCUUCCGAUACAGCCUUGGCUUUGUGUUUGACACAUUCCCCAGUACCUUCAACCUCAGAACUUACAAACGAUCCUCCAGCUAGUUUUACAUCAGUACCUGAAAGCACACACAACGCUGAUGUUAGAGGUUCUGUUAUCAAUGGGUUGCCCAAUUGUAAUGGGCUUUCAGUAGAUAAACUUGGAGUGAAUAUCCCUUCUCCUGAACACACGAACACGAUUGAUGUAUGUAGUACUGGAGAGUAUAUAAAAAAUGAAGAUAUCUCUAGCAGCCUGCAGCCUGUGUGUGAUACCGUUUCUACUAGUGACUUGUGUACGACAGGCAUUGACAUCUGCAGCUUCAGUGAAGACAUUAAACCAGGUGGAUCGCUUCUCCUUAGUGUUGAGGAAGUCCUACGGAGCUUAGAGACCGUUUCAAAUACCGAAGUCUGUGGUUCUAAUUUGCAGCCCAGCUUGGAGACAAACAUGACUAAUGGCCCUUUCCUGCAACUUUCUCCCCCACCCCUUAGCCAUAACAUUUUCAUGUCCUCAGAUGCUUCUCCUCAUGGAAUCUCGUGUACAGCAGCAACGCCUAAGGUGGUUAAGUUAAACAGAAAGCGAUCUCGAUCGGAAAGCGACAGCGAAAAGGUUCAACCUCUGCCCAUUUCCAGCAUCAUCUGUGGCCCAACGUUGGGAGCAUCGGCUCCUGUAACGGUGAAACAGGAAAACAAAAUGUCUUUGCAGCCUAUUGCAACUGUACCUAACGGAGGCACUACUCCCAAAAUAAGUAAAACUGUGCUCCUGUCUAACAAAAGCAUGAAAAAGAAUUUAGAACAUGCCCCUAAGAAAUCUCACCCAAAAGCCAAACCGGGAGUGCUGAAAACAAAAGACAAAGCAAAGGAGAAAGUUCCUAGCAGUAACGUUAUGCCAGGAAGCCCAACAAAAACUGUAUAUAAAAAGCCACAAGAAAAGAAAGGGUGUAAAUGUGGUCGUGCCACCCAAAAUCCAAGUGUUCUUACAUGCCGUGGCCAACGCUGCCCUUGCUAUUCUAACCGCAAAGCCUGCCUUGACUGCAUAUGCCGUGGCUGCCAAAACUCCUAUAUGGCUAACGGGGAGAAGAAGCUGGAGGCAUUUGCAGUGCCAGAAAAGGCCUUGGAGCAGACUAGGCUUACUUUGGGCAUUAAUGUGACAAGCAUUGCGGUGCGCAAUGCCAGCACAAGCACCAGUGUAAUCAAUGUGACAGGGUCACCAGUAACGACGUUUUUAGCUGCCAGUACACACGAUGAUAAAAGCUUGGAUGAAGCUAUAGACAUGAGAUAUGACUGUUGAAUCUUUCUUUCUUUUCCCUGCCAUCAGUAGGGGAACUGCGACAGUUUUAAGGCAGCUAUGGUUCUGUUUAACUUGCUGGAGCUCCUGCGUUUAGAUCACUUGUAUCAAGUGUUUUUCAUUGCUAUGUUAUGUGUAUUAGUGUCUGGGAAAUAGUUGCAGAUAAUGGAGGAGUUACCCUAAAACUGUUUUUUAGUUCUUACAGCACCUCAUAGUUUGAGAUGAAUUGCUGAUGUAAAUGAUUUUAUCACAAGAUCUUUGGCAAGGAAUCUAUUAACCUCAUUGUACUCGGUCAUGCUUUGUGCUCAGUCAAAGCUUCCGCGGAAAUGUAGCAAAGUGCUAUCUAGUUAGUCCAUUUCAACUGUGCUAGAUUAUGAUGUAGAAAAGUAAUUAUCAAUCAGUUACAGACACUAUUGCUAGAAGAGCACCUAGUGUUCCUGUAAGAAAUACAGCUUUAAGCUGGGGAAACCAGUCUGAAAAGGCCCAUAGAUAACUUUUGAUUGUGAGAAUUGGCAAUGGAGCAGUUUAAAAAUGAAAAGUUUGGGAAUACAGUGAGAAAGCUAAUAGCCGCAAAAGCAGUCAGCCUCCAAACAAGGGUCAGGAAGAUCAGUUGCUUAGAUGUGAAGGUUGAACUGCUGACUCCAGUGUGCUGUCCCGUUAAUACCAGCGUUUGCUUUUUCCUUGACAAUUCCGUGGGUUGUUUUCCUGAUCCGUCGUGCCCCCGGUGCCAACUCCAUUUGUUUGACGUUACUAUUUUGAUUGGGGCGGAAAAAAUGCUUAUACACAAAGCAAGUUUUAUUAGCACCAUUCUCUCCUCUUUUUUUUUUUUUUUUUUUUUGAGAGCUUUUUUUUUUUUGCGGGUUACAGAGGAGAGAGGUUCUGUGGCUGUUCCCCCCACCCCAGGCAGUGUCUGCAAUAUACAGAUACAUCCAGCAAUUAUCACUGCUCAUUUUUUUUUACCUGGAGGGUAGUGCUUUGCUGACAGGUAUCUUUCAGCUGGGACAGAAGAUUAUUAUCUAACAAAUAUCCAAGAUAUCUGACCUUAGAAAUCAAUCUGUAUAAUUCACCCAGAAUCCAUCUCGUUUUUCUGUGAUAUAUUGAAAGUUGCUUUCAGAGGGUGAUGCUUUUUGACCUGGGCUGAAAGGCUUCAAAUGGAAAAAACACAAAGUUCGCAAAGAGCUUAUUUCAAAAAGCAUUAAAAAUGAAAGCACCUUUGUAGAAAUUCAGCUUUAUA